AUGAAGAACAGCCCCAGCGGUGCUCGAUUUCGAGGCGGCAUUGAUUCCAUUCGGCGAGAGGCCCCUAAAAUUGGCGGCAGCUUUGCUGUGUGGGGCGGUCUCUUCAGCACAUUCGACUGCACGCUCCUGGCCCUGCGCAAGAAAGAGGAUCCCUGGAACAGCAUCGGUGCGGGUGCGCUCACCGGUGGCUUCCUGCAGCUACGGACGGGCCUGCGGUCUGCAGCACGAUCCGCGGCCUUCGGUGGCGUGCUGUUGGGCAUGAUCGAGGGUGUUGGCAUCCUGCUGACCCGUAUGACCGCCCCGCCACCGGCCCCGGUGCCCAUGGUGGAGAUGCCUGGACCGGCCCCCAUCACGGGGAAGGGCAUGGCUGCGGCUGCGGAGGCCCCGGUGGGACUGGCGCCCAGUUCCCCUGCCCUGGAGAUGCCCGAGCCUGUGCCUGAGGCUGGCAGCAGCUGGUUGCCCUCCUGGUUUGGGGGAGCUAAGAAGGAAGAGAACCGAGCACCACAGGCUGGUGCUCAGGUGCUUCCAGACGACCGCUUCGCCCCUCCCGCCAUGCCAGAUUUCGGCGCAAGUGAAGCUCAGUAUCGCUGA